UUACAUUUAAUUCUUCAUCCCCCACUUAUCUUCUCUCCCCUUUGUUGGUGCUCCUCUGUUGCUGUCUCCAGUCUCCUUUUCAAUGAACUCCUGCAGGGUGGAGGACUACUUGCAGCCCGGAAAUCCGCUCCCGGCGGCGGAAAAGACGCGGCCGCCGUCGUCGAAAACCAGGUCAAGGUCCUCAUCUUCUUCAUCUUUGAGCUCCUUCUCCUCCUCAAAAGGUUCCCCCACAACUCCCCUCGAGUCCUCUGGCAUCCCCUUCUCAUGGGAGCACCAGCCUGGUGUUCCCAAGCACCUACAAGGCACCUGCACCACCUUGACAUCUUCUAGAUCCAGGCAUGUGUAUGUGAUCAGCAAGCACCUUCCCCCUCCCCCACUCUUCUCAUUGCCCAGAGGCUCGUCGAACCGGUUCAAUUUCGACUCGGUCUUCGCAUCUCGGAGGAAGAAGCCGGCCGGAACGGUCCACGACCCGUUUUUCGCCGCGCUGGUGGCGUGCUCCAAGGACCAAGUGGCGGAGAACUGCUGGAAGGGGCCCAAGGCCUGCAAAUCUUGGGCUGGUAGGCUCAACUUGGACAGGCUCUAUGCUUCAUGCAAGACCAACUGUGCAGUGCUAGAGUCUCAGGUCUUGCUACCAAGACCCUAUAGAGGUUCUUAUGAUAUGUUGACAAACAAAUCUGCUUGAAGCCCCCUGAAUUAUGUCAUAUUGUGUUCUUCAUAAAAGUGUUGGAAUCUACUAUGUAAUUUUCAUGUGCAUCAAGGAAAAUGCACAUUUGGGUGUUGAAUAUGUAAAUGUUCACGAGUAAAUAACUUCUCUUUAGUGAA